ACUUGGCCGCUCUUCAUGACGGUGAUGUUGGAGCCAUCUUCAGAGAUUAUGAGGUGGAGUAUCGUAAGAGGAAGGCUCUGGACGUGAGCUGCCAGUUGUAUCAAACAUCGAGAGAGUUGAUUCGAAAAUUCUUGACUGGUGUCAAGAAGCGAAGAGCCGCAGAGGAGAUUGAGACCGAGGAUCCCCGAGGCAGGGACCGCAUGCGGGCAUUGCGAGAACCCACAAUCGAAGUCGCCGAGGAUCUGUUCGAAGUUAGCGAAGCUGUUCCACAUCCAGCAGUUCGAGUCGAUGCACCACCAGUCGAAGCUUCUCCUAUGAAUCCCUACUUGAUCCGUGCGAAGUCGUUACUCGCAGAUCUAUCACUGGUAGAGAAGCUUGUGCAGGAUGUGAAGUCUACUACUGGGCGUAAACCGCCAACUUGCACAUGGUGCCAACUACCCAUCCGGAAUGAUACGCACCCUAUGCGCAAUCAGAUUGGGUCAGUUGGCUCGGCUACGAAGAGUGCUGGUAUUCGGUAUUGUCCAGUGCAGUACCCCGACUUGACUGCAUUCGAUAGGGAUAUCCUACCUCAGUUGUUCGCUGAGAGAACGGCAAAAAAAGAAAAGUGCAGUCGUUGCAGCUUGAAAUAUGACGACGUCCAGAACGAGCAUCGUUUCCAUCCUCGAGCAGUGGGCAAGAAUAGAGCUCUUUAUCGCCACUGUCCUGUUCACGAUCCUCCCUUCGAGGUGUGGUGCGAGAGUGGAGAUAUUGUAAAGAAGCUCCUGGAGAGUGAUCGAGCAAGAUGCCGAAAUAAUGCAAGAACACUCAAGUGCUCUACGCAGCAUGAGCAAUCAUCAAGCGCUGAAAUUGAUUUGGAUAAGUGAGAGAUGGUGAACAUCAUUGCUGAAUCAUAGCCUGGAAUCCCUGAUUGCUAUUACUCCUGCCUCAUAAUUCGUUGCGAGCAGCCCUUAUUAAGAGUAUGACUCAACUGGCACUGCCCAGUGCGACAGGAGAUAUGG